AUGACGACAUCUUCAAAGAAAUUAGACGCCAUUGCCGUGGAGAACUUUCGAGAGUACCUGCGGAUACCGUCCGUCCAUCUCGACAUUGACUAUGAGCCGUGCGUUACAUUUUUGGAGAAGCAAGCGAAGGAGAUCGGUUUGAAGGUGUCGGUCUUUCGAGACGUGCCCAAAAAUCCAAUGGUGGUCCUGACGUGGAUGGGCAAGGAGAGCGAUCUUCCAUCGAUCGUACUUAACAGUCACAUGGACGUCGUGCCGGUUUUUGAGGAACAGUGGGCGCAUAAGCCGUUUGGUGCGGAAAUUGACAGCGAAGGGAAUAUCUACGCGCGAGGCGCUCAAGAUUGCAAGUGUACCGGGAUACAGUACUUGGAGGCGAUCAGGAGACUGAAAUUGGACGGAGUUGAACCCCGAAGGACUGUUCAUGUUACCUUUAUGCCAGAUGAGGAACUCGGUGGAGUCAACGGGGCGGAACAGUACGUCAAAACUCAAAACUUCAAAAAUUUAAAUACCGGCUGUGCUUUGGACGAAGCUAUUGGUGGUGAAAAUAAGACGCUAAUUGUUUUCUAUGGGGAGAAAAAGAGAUGGAGUUUUCGCAUUCACUGCCCGGGUCAGUCCGGCCAUGGUUCUCUUUUACUGGAAAAUACACCCGGUGAAAAAGUACGGACUGUUUUAAAUAAUGUCUACGAUUUUCGUGCCGAACAAAAGGUUACGGAAGCUCAAGACAAACGUACUGACCGUAUUACAUCGAUUAAUUUAUCAAUUAUAGAGAUAAGGCAGAAAAGCACCCUUCUGAGCUCAAAAGGCCGUUCAAAGGUACUUUUUCCAACGACUCUUUGAUAUAACGUUGC